AAAAUUAUCGAUUUGCGAUACACGAAAAAGUGUAAAAGAUCAAAGAGUUGACGCUUUUGUGAUUUAAAAAGAAGCGAACGUAAAGUUCAGAGCAAAAUGGCAUUUGCCGGAUUAAAAAAGCAAAUUAAUAAAGCCAAUCAAUAUGUGACGGAAAAGAUGGGCGGAGCUGAGGGAACUAAGCUCGAUAUUGACUUUGUGGAAAUGGAACGUAAGACAGAUGUUACUGUUGAAUUGGUCGAAGAAUUGCAAAUUAAAACCAAGGAAUUCUUGCAACCGAAUCCCACGGCCAGAGCGAAAAUGGCAGCGGUCAAGGGCAUAUCAAAGUUAUCGGGCCAAGCGAAAACGAAUACCUAUCCGCAGCCUGAAGGUCUCUUGGCCGACUGUAUGCUUAUGUAUGGCAAGAAGCUGGGUGAAGAGAGCAGUGUUUUUGCGCAGGCGUUGGUUGAAUUUGGUGAAGCGCUAAGACAAAUGGCUGAUGUAAAGUAUUCUUUGGAUGACAACAUCAAGCAAAACUUUUUGGAGCCGCUACAUCAUUUACAAACAAAAGAUCUAAAGGAGGUUAUGCAUCAUCGUAAAAAGUUACAAGGCCGACGACUCGACUUCGAUUGCAAACGUCGCCGGCAGGCAAAAGACGAUGAAAUACGUAGUGCUGAGGAAAAGUUUGCCGAGUCGCUGCACCUAGCCCAAAUGGGCAUGUUUAAUUUGCUCGAAAAUGAUACCGAGCAAGUGGCGCAGCUAGUCACCUUUGCCGAGGCACUUUACGAAUUUCACUCGCAGUGCGCAGAUAUAUUACGAACCCUGCAGGAGACGUUGCAAGAGAAACAAGAGGAAGCCGCCGCGCGUCCCAAGCCAGAAUUUGUGCCCAAAACCUUACUCGAUUUGAAUCUUGACAGUUUGGGCGAAGGUUCGGAGAGCUCGGGCACACCGGCCCAUAUGGCGAUCGGUGCGUCUCCGUUACCGUCGCCCAUGCGUUCGCCUGCCAAAUCGAUGGUUGCGACACCGUCACGCCAGCAGAUGCAGCCCUAUUGCCAGGCGUUAUACGAUUUCGAGCCGGAAAAUCCCGGCGAAUUGGGCUUUAAAGAGAAUGAAAUUAUAACACUGCUGAAUCGCGUUGACGAGAACUGGUUUGAGGGCUCGCUUCACGGUCGUACCGGCUAUUUUCCACAGUCGUAUGUCCAAGUGGUUGUACCACUACCCAACGGUAACUAAAUGAUUUAAUUGCAAGCAAUGAUAUGGUUCUAAGCAUAACGGAUUCUAUACAAAUUGUAAGUUGGUUCUCAUUAUGUAUGUGCGUCUGGGAUAUUAUAAAAACAAUAUUUUGACAAACAAUAAUUAAUUUAUUAUUAUUAUUAUUAUUAUUAUGUUUAAAUUAAAG